GCUUUAGUUUUCAGUUGAGUUUUAGGAGGCAUAACAGCAACAUGAUGCUUUCUGAUACUGUCCGCAGUUUGGUUUUACUUGCUAUACUGUUAGUUCCUGUGAGUACGGAAGCAGUGGAUGAAAUCAGCGCAAGGAAUAAUUCAACAAAUUUGCGGCGCACUUUAAGAAACAGAAUGAGAAACCCAAAUAGCACUGUGACAUCAAAUUUGGAUACUAAUAAUGCAGUAAGGGCAGUAAACAAGAGGUUUGAUACAGACCGUAAUAGAAUGAAGGAUAUUUUGAAAAACGACGAAGCUAACUUAAAUGAGACAAAAUUGAACGAUAAUUCGACUGAUGUUGAAAGAGAAAGCAGGAACAAUUUUGUUAAUGGCUUAGAAAAUGUAGGAGAUGGAAGUAAAGCGUAUAGAGAUGUGGAAUUGAAAAGCAAUGGCGCGAAAUCCAUUAAUAUUUCACUGGCUUCGAUCGCUGGAGGGCAGAAAACAUUUGAAAACCAGAUAGAUAUUUCGAAAAAUGCAACCGAAAGCAAAAGCGAUAAUACAACAAUUUCAAAAAGUGGUAUAGAAAACGAAAACGAUAAUCCAACGAUUUCCAAAAGUGAUAGAGAAAGCAAAAACGAUAACACAACGAUUUCUAAAAGUAAUAUACAAAGCGAAAACGAUAAUUUAACGAAUGCAACAAGUGAAUACGAAGUCGGAAAUGUUGAUAUUUUUACAAGUAGUUUGAAAACCAAAACCGAAAAUAAAAACGAAACGAAAAUUUCAAAAACCGUUACUGCUAGCGGAGGCAAUAGAAUGUCAGAAUUAAGGAGCAAAUUUUUAAGUGGAUUACCAAACAGAAAUAUAGAACCCACUAAUGCCAGUACAAUUGUUAUUGGACCAAAACAACUUGACGACUUUAAGACAAAUUUUCAAAAUUCACCGAAAUUUAGAGACACGAUCUUUGAACCCGUAUUAACAACGGUAAUAAAAACAAAAAGUAUUUUGAAAGAUGACACAUUGGUAACGGUUACAGAGAAGAGCUUUCUGUUUUAUCGCGAUCAAACGGAGCUGCCGAAUGUUUCAAAAGUAACCAAUACAACAAUUUACAAAAAUACCGAACGGUUCGAAGGUGCAGAGAACAACGCGAAAACAAUGCGUUUUAUACCCGAUCCUUUUGAUCCGAGUGAAAUAUUUGCUUCAAAGCGUGGCGGUGAUGAGAACUUGCCCGGUAGUUGUGCGGAGCUCAUGAAGCAAAAUGUCGAUAUCAGCAAUGGUGUAGCUACCAUAUAUGUUUUGGGUUAUGGACCAACUGACGUGUAUUGCUUUGCAGACCCUACGGGUACGGGUUGUGCAUGGACUGUCUUUAUGCGUCGCGUAAAUAUUGGUGAUUCAUUUAAUAGAAAUUGGCAAGAAUAUAAACAAGGUUUCGGCGAUCCGGAUCAAAGUUUCUUUCUGGGACUCGAUCGUAUUUAUGCGCAAACAAGUGAUAGGCGACAAGAAUUGGGUAUAUUUACGAAAUUCGAAUCCAACGAUAUCGAAGUGGAGAAGUAUGUCCACUUUGUAUUGGGCGGUGAAGAGACGGGCUAUAGAGUAGAGGAGUUGGGCGCAUUUUCGAAAACCUCUGCUAUAUGUCGGCUAACGCGGUUUUCGAAGUUCUCUACGCAAGAUGUGGACAAUGGCUUUCAGUAUGAUAAAUGUGCACAGGCGCUCGGUAUGGGCUGGUGGUAUUCGAAGAGAUGUAAAAACGCUAUUAAAUUAAGUGGAGUUCGUGCGUAUAUAAAUGCCCCCACAAUAAUGGGAAUACGACCAAGGGGCUGUCAAGCUUAAAACGAACACGAGAAACGAGAUCGAACUAAUUGUAGAAGAUUUCAUUAAGGAAUGAAAUAGAAGAGAAGAAUGUUCAGUUAUGGCACGCAAUGUGGUAUCAUUAAACUUUCUUCUAUAAUCCAACUGAUAUGUUAUGAAUUAUUGAAAAUUCUGAAUUAAGUCUCUAAUUCUAAUAAAUCAUUGAGCGAGUUUAAAUAAUUUCCUAUCU